UCGGAUAUAUAUAUGGAGAAGGGAGGAGGCCUAUAUUCAGAACAAAUCAAUAUAUCUGAGCAUCCUGACUUACAGCCCAUUCACAACCUACACAACAAAGUAAACACGAAAUGAGAGGGCUCAUCCUUGUCAGUGUCUCAGCUCUUCUUGCUUCAUGUUAUGCAAAGAAUGAAUCCAGGAUUGAAUAUAUUGGGAGGUUAAAGAGAGAUCUGUUUAAAGAUUAUGAUUCUGCAGUUAUUCCUCUGGCUGCUAGCCUAGACGGAAAGACUGGGUUGGAUGUUUCGGUUGGACUCAACCAGGUUUAUAUGGAUAUGAAUGACAAAGGGCAUCUUGAUAUGAGCGUGUGGCUGAGUUCCUCGUGGAUAGAUGAGCGUUUAGCCUGGGAUCCUAAAGAAUAUCAUGAUAUUGACUCCAUCAGAGUUCCAGCUCAUGAUAUCUGGAUUCCUGAUCUAGAGGUUUAUAACAAUCUAGAACAUGGACCAGGAUAUAUUAAUGAUGUUCUGAAGUCCAGAAGCACCAAUACUCUUGUCAUGUCUAAUGGUAUGGUCAUCUAUAUUCCUGCUGCCAAGCUGAGUGUUCCAUGUAAUGAUGAGGAGUUUGCUAACUGGCCGUGGGGAGAAUAUGAUUGCUCCAUCAAGCUGGGAUCUUGGGCUUACAGCGGAUAUAUGAUCAAUCUACAAAAGUACGAGAAUAAGAACUACAUCACCACUGAGUCUGUGGAUGAGGCCACGAGUAGUUCCCCAGUUUUCUUCACAGAGAACUCGUUCCAGGAGGACUCCUUGAUCAACAAGUUUUAUCCUUGCUGUCCUGAACCAUAUCCAGCUCUUCAUUACAAGUUCAAAGUUCAGCGUGGAUUCCGAAUUGGAGCCAAUGGCAAGGAACUUAACCCCUCACCAGUUCCAGCCUAUAAACCAGAAGAAAACUAAUUAUAUUUGAAAUUUAAAAUUUUUCCCUUUUUGAUUAAAUUUUUUCUCUCUUUA